AUGGCACCAGAGCUACCGAUGUUGAUGCACGUCGACAAUCAAGCGGCAAUUCGACAGCUCGAGGGUGAGGCGUCGUCACUCAAGGCAAAGCACAUUGACGUGCGAGUCAAGUUUGUCUGCGACUUUGCUCGGCGCGGGAUCGUGCGUGCGCAGUAUGUGAGAUCGGAGCUAAUGCUCGCUGAUCUGCUCACGAAGGCACUUGACCCACACAAGCUGGCGACGAUGCGCACUUUGGUGCACCUCGGUUUGAACGGUAAGUCGUAG